AUGAAGUUGCCUACAGUGCACUUUGUCCUCAAUAUUUUGUUUUCAUGUGCUAUUUCGAAUAUGUACGGCGCUGGUAGGUUCAAAAUGGUCAAGUCGCUUAGUAUUGAAAGUGGAAGCAUAGUCUUGCUUGAGAAGUUUUCCUUUGACUUUUUUGGAUAUUUGACAGGCUUAAGCCACCACUCCUUGGGCUGA